CCUAUAAAAACAUUACUCAGUUCGAGUGUUUUCUAUUGUAUCUGUAGAUUGUGAAGAAUGAGGAUGCUUUUGAUUUCCUUAUAUUUAUUUUGUGCAUUUUUAUCCAAAGAUGUGCUUUGUAAAAGCAAUCACAAGAGCAGUCGAAGUGACGGAGGAAAAAUAGUUGGUGGUUCCGAAACCACCAUUGAAAAGUUUCCGUAUCAAGCGUAUUUACUUCUAAAAAAAGGAGACGAUUAUUACCAAUGUGGGGGCUCCAUCAUCAACGAGUACACUAUUCUGACUGCGGCACACUGUUUAACUGGCAUCUCUAAAGUGUAUGUUAAAACUGGUACCAGUGUAGUAGGGAGUGGUGGAACAAUAUCAGUCUCGUAUAAUUUCACGCAACACCCGAAAUAUAAUGCAAAUACAAGCGAUUAUGAUGUUGGAAUCGUAAGACCAUCAACACCGAUAAAAAUAGAUGGCAGUAAAACAAAGGCAGUUCAGUUGGCGAAAAAAGGCUCAGACAUUGCACCAGGCACCAAUGUUGUUGUAUCAGGAUGGGGAACUACUUCUGAAAACGGAGAAACAAGUGAUAAUUUAAUGGCGGUUGAAGUGCCCACAGUUUCCAACGACCAGUGCCGUAGAUCUUAUAGAACUCUUACAGAAAGAAUGUUUUGCGCUGGUGUUCCUGAAGGGGGCAAGGAUUCUUGUCAGGGAGAUUCUGGCGGACCUGCUGUAUCAAAGUCGUCGGGUAUCCAGCUGGGUAUUGUGUCCUUCGGCUUUGGCUGCGCACGUAAAGGUUAUCCAGGAGUGUACACAAAGGUAUCCAGCGUCGGCAUUCGUCAUUGGAUUAAGAAAGUUUCUGGAGUAUAGUCAAUAUAUGAUGUUAGUAAAU